GUUCCUGGGUGGGAUUGCAGAACUGGCUGAGCCAGAUAACUGGUCUGGGUACUGCCAGCUGGUGCCUCAGAAUGCAGGGUCUGAAAAAUAUCCCCAGCACCGAUCUUAGAUUUUACAAUAGUGACGUUAUCCCUUGGAGCAAUAGGGAAGGUUUGGAAUCUUGUGACCUCUGUCUGGAUGACUCCUAAACCAUAAUUUCUAAUCUUGUGGCUAAUUUGUUAGUCUUACAAAGGCAGUCUGGUCCCCAGGCAAGAAGGGGGUUUGUUUUGGGGAAGGGCUGUUAUCUUUGCUUCGAAGUUCAACUAUAAACUAAAUUCCUCCCAAAGUUAGUUUGGCCUAUACCCAGGAAUGAACAAGGGCAGUUCGGAGGUUAGAAGCAAGACGGAACUGGGUAAGUCAGAUCUCUUUCACUGUCAUAAUUUUCUCACUUACAAUUUUUGCAAAGGCAGUUUCUCUGGAUGCUCCGCAUGUGUGUACCCUCAGCGACUACACAGCUCCUGUACUAUAAAGAAUAUUUCAGAAUGGCUUCGGUAGCCGGCAGCACCAUCCUCCUCUCGCAGCAGAGAAGUGUUUUGCUCUGGAAACUUGACUGAAGCCUUUCCCAGCCUAUCUAGCGAACAGCAGAGCAUCGUCCCGACUCCGCGGACUACCGCGGCCCAACAGCAAGGGUCGCGGCUCCCCGGCGCUCUCUGCCGCCCUCUACCGGAACCUAGGGAGCCAGACAGCUGCGAUAUUGGGAAGGCCUCCGGAGCCCCGAAGAGCGCACGCGCGAGCGCGCGCCCGCGUUCUCCUAGCGGGCUUGGUAUUUGGCGCCUGCGCCCUGAAUGCGUGCCGCUCCGCCGACCGAAGAGGCUGGACAUGACACCAGUGGCAUAUCACGGCCAUGGGGUCUCAGCAUUCCGCUGCUGCUCGCCCCUCCUCCUGCAGGCGAAAGCAAGAAGAUGACAGGGACGGUUUGCUGGCUGAACGAGAGCAGGAAGAAGCCAUUGCUCAGUUCCCAUAUGUGGAAUUCACCGGGAGAGAUAGCAUCACCUGUCUCACGUGCCAGGGGACAGGCUACAUUCCAACAGAGCAAGUAAAUGAGUUGGUGGCUUUGAUCCCACACAGUGAUCAGAGAUUGCGCCCUCAGCGAACUAAGCAAUAUGUCCUCCUGUCCAUCCUGCUUUGUCUCCUGGCAUCUGGUUUGGUGGUUUUCUUCCUGUUUCCGCAUUCAGUCCUUGUGGAUGAUGACGGCAUCAAAGUGGUGAAAGUCACAUUUAAUAAGCAAGACUCCCUUGUAAUUCUCACCAUCAUGGCCACCCUGAAAAUCAGGAACUCCAACUUCUACACGGUGGCAGUGACCAGCCUGUCCAGCCAGAUUCAGUACAUGAACACAGUGGUCGGUACAUAUGUGACUACUAACGUCUCCCUUAUUCCACCUCGGAGUGAGCAACUGGUGAAUUUUACCGGGAAGGCCGAGAUGGGAGGACCGUUUUCCUAUGUGUACUUCUUCUGCACGGUACCUGAGAUCCUGGUGCACAACAUAGUGAUCUUCAUGCGAACUUCAGUGAAGAUUUCAUACAUUGGCCUCAUGACCCAGAGCUCCUUGGAGACACAUCACUAUGUGGAUUGUGGAGGAAAUUCCACAGCUAUUUAACAACUGCUAUUGGUUCUUCCACACAGCACCUGUAGAAGAGAGCACAGCAUAUGUUCCCAAGGCCUGAGUUCUGGACGUACCCCCACGUGGUGUAAGCAGAGGAGGAAUUGGUUCACUUAACUCCCAGCAAACAUCCUCCUGCCACUUAGGAGGAAACACCUCCCUAUGGUACCAUUUAUGUUUCUCAGAACCAGCAGAAUCACUGCCCAGUGCCUAGCCUGUGCCCAGCAAAUAGUUGGCACUCAAUAAAGAUUUGCAGAAUUUAAUACAGAUCUUUUCAGCUGUUCUUAGGGCAUUAUAAAUGGAAAUCAUAACAUGGUUCUAGGUUAUCAAACCAUGGAGUGAUGUGGAGCUAGGAUUGUGAGUGAGCUGCAGGCCAUUAUCAGUGCCUCAUCUGUGCAGAAGUGGCAGCAGAGAGGGACCAUCCAAAUACCUAAGAGAAAACAGACCUAGUCAGGAUGUGAAUUUGUUUCAGCUGUUCCCAAAGGCCUGGGAGCUUUUCGAAAAGAAAGAAAAAAGUGUGUUGGCUUUUUUUUUUUUAAGAAAGUUAGAAUUGUUUUUACCAAGAGUCUAUGUGGGGCUUGAUUCACCCUUCAUCCAUUGGCUGGAACAUGGAUUGGGGAUUUGAUAGAAAAAUAAACCCUGCUUUUGAUUCA